CGGAUUUUAUUUCCCGUGAUACCUAGAAUAACAACUUGACGAAUACGCUCCUCGAAGAAAGCUCUAGAGCAUUUUCGACCCAAACAAUUUCCAUUAGAAUCUUCCAAUGGCAAUUGGCGACAAUUUGCAAAAGCAUAGCCCGUAUCAUCUACUAAUCCUGUCACGGGCAUCUAUCUCCGCCAACGUUGCAUUAUUUUACUUAUCAGCAACUUGGCUCAUCAACGUUGAGCGACUUCGUAUUGCGCUCAGCCGACACAUCAUCAACUCCGUCGAUUUCUGCAUUCUCGAACUGCAACCUCUCGUAGGCUGUAGCAGAGACCGUUCGACAUAGAAAGCAUCUCUUCUGCCUGUGGUCCUUCCGGGCUGUAGUUGAAUGCAUGUCGCACAAAGAAGGGCACCUUAAGGAUGAGGGCUCGAGAGUCCAAGUCGUAGCUGCGGGAGCAAUAGCAGGUUUGGUUUCUAGAUUCGUCGUUGCCCCCCUCGAUGUCGUCAAGAUCCGUCUCCAACUCCAGCCUCAUUCUCUGUCCGAUCCUGUAGCAGCUCUGCGCAACGCACCAGCUUAUCGAGGAGCAUUCGCAACCCUGAAACACAUCCUCAAGCAUGAAGGUUUGACAGGCCUGUGGAAGGGCAAUGUUCCUGCAGAGCUUAUGUAUGUAUGCUAUGGUGCCGUACAAUUCACAACAUACCGCUCGGCGACCCUUUUCCUUCGAACGGCAUUUCCCUUAAGGUUGCCUGAUGCUGCCGAAAGUUUUAUUGCUGGUGCUGCCUCUGGUGCUGCUGCCACCACCGUCACAUAUCCUCUCGAUUUGUUAAGAACACGAUUCGCAGCUCAGGGUCGACACCGUGUUUACCAAUCACUGCGCAGUGCCGUCUGGGAUAUCAAACGCGAUGAGGGUUGGCGAGGCUUUUUUAGAGGUAUUGGGCCUGGACUCGGCCAAAUCAUACCCUUCAUGGGCAUCUUUUUCGUCACUUAUGAAUCCCUUAGAACGUCUCUAGAGGGAUUACACAUGCCAUGGGGCAGCGGAGACGCUACUGCUGGCAUGUGUGCCAGCAUUUUUUCCAAAACAGCCGUAUUCCCUCUAGAUCUUGUACGAAAGCGUAUUCAGGUGCAGGGACCAGCGCGACAGCAAUACAUCUACCAAAACAUUCCUGAGUACUCCACGGCACGGGGUGCGCUUUUAACGAUAUUACGCACCGAAGGCCUCCGCGGUUUGUACAAGGGCUUGACUAUCAGUCUCCUCAAAUCAGCCCCUGCGAGCGCUGUCACUCUCUGGACAUAUGAACAGAGCUUGAAUUUGAUGCUUGAUUGGGAUUUGGGCAGUAAGGAGACCACCCACAAUGAAUUAUAGACUAUAACAAGACUUGAUAGAUUUAUCAUGACGCAGUAUGUCGUCCAACCAUCUAAUCCUGUUCGCGCGGUUUUUAUUCUACUCUAGCACUUUGACUCUUCCCUGGAAACUACUUCGCAAGCGCAAGAGCAGCAUUUUUUGCAUCUGCUCGCUCAAUGCACUCUUCGAUAACCUCCCAGAAUUUGGCAGUGUCGACUCCCCGAGGAAUUUUAACACCUUGUUGACCUGGUGGAAGCAACUUGGCCAAUGUGCGACCGGUCUGCUUACCCUCCUUAGCCUCUUCAAACGUGCCCUCAGUUAUGACUGUGACUUCGAAGCGUUCAUUAUGCUCAGGGGGCUGGCUGUGCUUGGCGUCCCACUCGAGGAAGGGAAUCUCAUUUUCGGUGUCGACAAGUACAGCAGCAACAGCAAUAGGAUCAUGCAGAGGGGGUCCAGCGGUAAUACCGAAGGUAUCACUGAAUUGUUAGUCGAAGGGGCGCAUGUCAUUGGUUUGUGUUGACUUACGCAUAUGUUUGAGCAAAGAAGUAAAGGAGCUCAACAAGCAUGGUACGGAGAGUGGUCUUCCCGGGACCUGUCCGCUCAGCAUCAGGGCCAUACAACAGCAUCUCUCUCACCUCCGACGUCGCCAACACCUGAUGGCUGAGAUCCAGGGGCACAAUCGUAGUUUUAGCAGCGAUCUCUUUGGUAUGGAACACCGUAGCAGCAGCUUCUGGGUCAACGAGGAUGUUGAACUCAGCCCAAGGCGUGUAGUUUCCGAUUCUAGGGCGACCAUCAACUUCGCCGAGCGGUGCAUCUGAGAAAUUGUCGCCAAUAGAGCCUCCCAUAAGACUGAUACCCUUAAUGUGACUGGUAAGCUCUGGAUACGCACGGAGCAGAGCCCCAACGUUCGUCAGCGCACCAGUUGCAACAAUCCACGCUGUACCAGGGGGUUGAGCACGCAGGGCCUCUGCCAUUGCCUCAACAGCCGGGAUAGGAGAUGGGGUCACAAGUGGCUCAGGAAGAAGGUCGGUGCCAUCUAAGCCAGAAACACCGUGGAUAUCCGUUGGUGCAUGAAGGGCAGGACGUUCAAGAGCCUUACCCAGGCCGAUAUAGAGAGGAAUAUCAUGCAUACCAAUGGCGGUGAGAAUAGAGGCAGCAUUAUGCGUUGUGUUUCUGAUCACACGUUAACAAGCUGUUCUCAAGAAUAUUGCCGUAAAGUCAAG